AUGGCCACCGCCGAGGAGAAGAUCAUCGAGCAGAAUCUCGGCUCGGAAGCCGCGCGCCGAUAUUCUAUCCACGAAGCGGCCCUCGACGCCACUCCAAAGUCACGAUGGGAACGCACCUGGCCUGUGCUCGCCUGCGGUGCGGGACUGUUUUCUGACGGCUAUCUCAACGGUGUCAUCGGAUCCGUCAAUACCAUGCUCAAGACAAUCUACAAGGACGAAUACGUCAAGUCCGAUGCUCAGAAUAACGUCUCCUCGAUCGCCUUUGCGGGCACUGUCGUCGGACAGCUCGCGUUCGGCUAUCUCUCCGACCACUGGUCUCGUCGCCACUCGCUGUUGGUAUCCACAAUCAUCUUGAUCGUCUUUGCUGCCCUUGGCGCUGGGUCUUAUGGCGCGGGCGGCAGUAUCCAAGGCCUAUUUGCUGCGUUGACGGCUUUUCGUUUCCUUCUCGGUAUCGGUAUUGGCGGAGAAUACCCUGCCGGCUCGGUCGCGGCGGCAGAGAGUACUGGAGAGCUCAAGCGAGGCCAUCGCAACAGAUGGUUCAUCUGUUUCACCAACUUGGCCAUCGAUGUCGGCUUCGUGGUUGCCGCAUUCGUGCCGAUGAUAUGUGCCUUGAUUUUCACCGACAAGCACCUGCGAGCCGCGUGGAGAGUCUGCCUAGGAUUGGGGGUCAUUCCUCCUCUCUCGCUGCUCUACCUGCGGAUCAAGCUCCAAGAGCCCGAAGAAUAUAACCGCAACAAGAUGCACCACUAUCCGUAUUGGUUGAUCCUCAAGUUCUACUGGUGGCGCUUGACUGUGGUUGCGCUGAUUUGGUUCAUUUACGACUUCUCCGCGUACUCCUUCGGCAUCUACUCCUCUUCGUGGCUGGCGUUCCUGCUCCCGUCGGACGCGCCCCUGUGGAAGAGUUUCGGCUGGAACACGGUCAUCAACCUGUUCUACGUUCCCGGUGCCGUGAUCGGAGCAUUCCUCUCCGACUGGAUUGGCCCUAAGUACUGUCUUAUCACCGGUGUCCUCCUCCAGGGCAUCGUCGGCUUCAUCAUGACGGCUAUCUACAAACAUCUCGACCAAGCCUCCCAAGUCGGUGGCUUCGUGGUCAUCUACGGGAUCUUCCUCGCUCUCGGCGAAAUCGGCCCCGGCGACAACAUCGGUCUCGUCGCAUCCAAGACCUCGGCCACCUCCGUCCGCGGUAUGUACUAUGGCAUUGCGGCCGCGUGCGGCAAAAUAGGCGCCUUCGUCGGCAAUUACAUCUUCCCCGACAUCAUCAAGGCGGCGGGAGACGACAUCAUCAAACAAGGACAAUACCCCUUUUACGUGAGCAGUUCGCUCUGCAUCUUCAGCGGGAUCAUUGCCUUUGUGUUCCUGCCCAAUAUCGGACAGGACACCAUCACCGAGGAGGAUGAGCGAUUUAGGCAACAUCUCAUCAAGCACGGGUAUGAUGUCAGCACGUUGGGCACGAGGAAAUAUCAUGAGGAGAAGACUCUUGCCGUCGAAAAGGCGCAAGAGAAGUGA